AUGCUGCUACCGAUGAAUCCUCCCCCGAAACCUUUGUUUUCCCUGCAGGAAAUCACCCGGAACCCAGAAGUAUUGACGACGUUUGCGAGACCUGAUAAGCCCUUGAAAUCCUUUGACGGUCUUUGUGGAAACCACAUUGGAGAAGUUUUGGUCACUUCACCAAACACGAAAGUGCUCUACCACCCCCCACUGAACGAAUGUCGUGUCCGGAUGAGAAAGGACAGACACUUUGGCCACGACGACCCUAUCCUAUUUCCUCAACCAUUCGUUCAUGCAGCUGCCCACCUAGCAGUCGUCCGUGUCCCCUCGCUCACGGGCCCAUUCACCAUUGCUUGGCUCGUACCCAGCGAAAACGACUUCAAGCCCAGUGACGAUACUUUUUGUGCUGGUUUUGGAGUCUUCGACACAAGGACACGUUCACACCUGGUGAAGUUGGCCGAGACAGUCGUCAAAGAUCUUCCAGCAAAUCAUCAAGAAGAUUAUUAUAUGAAGAACAACUUGGAACAGCUCCGCCGAUUAUUGGAUUGUUUGCAACUAGCUGCACCGAAGGAGGAGGUUUUUCUUCGAUUUAGAUGCUCUCAGCGUCAUCUUCUGGAGCUUGAUGCACGCAGCAGAUGGGUGACCAAAUAUCGGGCGAAGUUUGGAAUGGCGAGGGAGCUUGGUCAGGAACAUACAGUGUUGGCAGACGAGAAUCUGAUGGGUGCUUUUACCGACAAUCUCGACGAUCUGGAGAACCUCUUCCAGAGCCACAUACCAGUAUACUAUGUUCGCCCUCUCUCGCGUGCUGGUGAGGCCAGGGUCGACCGAUUGGAAGACUUCAUCCUGCCACUUGCAGAUGGUUCCAUUCAGCUCCACACCGGUUUCAUCGUCGACAUGGCCGAUGCAACCCCAUCUCAUUGUGUGGUCUUUACUGGGCUUGCGCGAAACCCCGAAAGAUACAUCACAAUGGCCAACUAUGUAUCCGCGCUUUUCGAGUACCCCUCUGUAUUGGGAACCACACAACCACGAAGCUCAACGUCAAUUCAGAGAGCAAGCUUGCCCCUCACUCCAUCUAUGCCAAUACGUCGAUUGUUCCAAGCGUCUCGUGGACGACCCACUCCUUACCCUAAAGGUAAAGCAGCUAACGGGAAGCACCCCCAAAAUAUUACCCACAACACGUUCAUCAUACCCUCCAGCCCUCUCUCACUCCCAGCACCAGAGGGUGCAAAUCGAGGUUAUGCUCUUCCACCUCCCGAUCUCUUCAUCACCUCGGGGAAUGAAACGGUCACUGUAACACUUUUCCGUAACUGGCUCAAACUCAGGAAUAUUUUCAUUUAUCGUCUAUCUUCGAGUCUGGACCGAUUUUCAAAGAAGCAAUGGAGGCAAAUGCUAACAUUUGACGACGACAAAGAUAUUCAUUCAGAUACUCGCACUGGUCAACAACGGCUCGAAAUGCAGAAGGUGUUGAAGGAUAUAAUGGGCAAAGCCGAGUUUCGCCCUGAAAGGUUCUCAUCGGCGCCCGUCAUUUGGAGAGGCGGAACUGUGGACGGAACCAAAUUGCCCCCUCAAAAGAUUGCCCAAGAGAUUCUAUGGGAGUUGUACAAACUCAAUUUCCGUCAAGACUUAGCAGCUUUGGAUGAUCGUAUGGACGAAAGCGGAAUGUCGAAAGCGAACCGAGGACUUCAUUCAACUGAACCCGUGGAGUGA